AUGGCGCCCUCGGGUCACCAGCAACACCGCAUCCAGAAUGCGCAUGCGUGGCUCUGCAGGUGGUGCACGAACGAGAAGACGGGCGAGAGAUGGUGGAACAUGGCGGAUUGCACGUUCUGCAAGUCGUGCAAGGUCGCCAAGGGCGCAGCUUACUUCGGCCCGCGCCCAGCAGGUGGCAAUGGUGCGAACGCUGCGCAGGCACCACGGCCGCUCGCGGCCGAGCGCCGUGCUGCUGCCGAGGGAGAGCGUCUUAAGAAGGAGGCCGCCGCCAAAGACCGCGAGAUCCAGGAGCUCAAAGAAGCAGUUCGUGGCGUCGCGGCAGUCGACAGCCCUGGCGCCGACAAGCCUGCGGGCCCCGAGGCGGACAAGGCGGUGCUCGAGCGUCUCACCGCCGCCAUUGGGGACGCCCCCGACGAGCUCUUGGCUUCGCACAAGGCCGCGAUGGUGGCAGAGCAGGAGCGGCUCAGGGCUAAGAUCUUGGCCGGUAAGCCGAUCGGAGCCCGUCUUCACCUCCUCACCAAUCGCUGCACGGCGCUCGAGAAGAAGAAGGAGCGCCAGCUGGCCGCCCUGGACAAGCUGCAUGCGCAGAUCCAGGAGAUCCAGCUGGCCGUCGCCGAUGCAGAGAAGGCGCUGCUGGAGACGUCCAAGGAGCUCGUGGCCGCCGAGGCGGACAGGCGCAGCGCCGCGGCGCUGGCGCCGCGCCCUGAGGCGGGCGUCUUCUCUCUCAAGGCGACGAUCCCCGCCCUGGACCUGUCAGUCUCCGACGUGGGCAAGAUGCUGGAGGCGGUCGGUGCGGACGCGUCUCUGGCCGAGUCUAUCCAGGCUAACUUCGCGAAGUUGCGCGAGCUUGAUGCUGCCGCAGCGGAGCGAGGACGCACACAGGAGAGAGCUGCCGCGGCUGAGCCGCCCACCAGCGCCGCGGCCAGCAGCGCUGGCAGCGCGCGUGCAGGAGCUGCCGACCUUGUCGAGCAUCUUCCUGUCCCCGCUGAUGACGGCGACCUGGACGAGCUGCAAGCUUUCUACCGCGUGGUCUUCGACGCCGAGCCCGCUGGCAGCGAGGAGGAGCUACGAGGGCACAUCAUGCGGUUUGGCGAGCAGCUCAGCAGGGUGUCGAAGAG